ACCUGCGCGCCAUGUUUCCUCUCUGGUAUGGAAGUCUGUGGCUCUGUGCGCUGUGCUGCGGCCGCCUGGCGCGCGGACAGCCGGACGAUGGGAAGCGGUACAUCUGCCGGGCAGUUCCCCUCAGCGGGGACGCCAGCUGCCCCGUGACGCUGCUGCCCGAGCUGAGCGCCGGCAGCCAGGAAGAGGAGCUCAGGAACACCGUCAUGCAGCUCCGGGAGACCAUUUUACAGCAGAAGGAGACAAUAUCCAAGCAGCUGGGCGCCAUCAACGAGCUGACCACCAAGCUGUCCCUGUGCGCCUCCGCGUCCGACGACAGGAAGUACGACAAGGGCUCGUCGUGGGGCAAAGACAAGCAGAACACCAUGGGGGAUGUUCCCAGAGACCCGAACGACACCAUCGACAGUCUUGGGAAAACCAUGCAGGGGCUCAAGGACCGACUGGAGAACCUGGAGCAACAGCAGAUGAGAGCCAACAUAUCGGGCGCGGCGUUCCCCAGCGAGCUGCGGGACCUGCUGCAGCGGCGGCUCGGCGAGCUGGAGAACCAGCUCCUGAAGAAAGUCAGCAACCUGGAGGAGGAGAAGAGCAUGCUGUCCAACGCCACCGCCGCCUACCGGCUGAAGACGGAGAACACCCUGAACGCCCUGGUGGAGCGGAUCAGCGAGCUGGAGAAAGGAGGAGGCGAUUUCAAAUCCCCGGAGCAGUUCAAGCUCUCCCUGCCCCAGAGGACCAACUACCUGUACGGCCGGAUCACCAAGAGCCUGCCGGAGAUGUACGCCUUCACCCUCUGCAUGUGGAUCAAGUCCAGCGCCAGCCCCGGCAUCGGGACGCCCUUCUCCUACGGCGUGCCGGGACAGGCCAACGAGAUCGUGCUGAUCGAGUGGGGCAACAACCCCAUCGAGCUGCUCAUCAACGACAAGGUGGCCCAGCUGCCCAUAGAGGUGCGCGACGGCAAGUGGCACCACAUCUGCAUCGCCUGGACCACCCGGGACGGCCAGUGGGACGCCUACCAGGACGGCGAGAAGCUGGGCACCGGUGACAACCUGGCGGCCUGGCAUCCCAUCAAACCCGGGGGAGUCAUCAUCCUGGGCCAGGAGCAGGACGUGGUGGGCGGGCGCUUCGACGCCGGCCAGGCGUUCGUGGGCGAGCUGAGUCAGGUGAACGUCUGGGACCGCGUGCUGAGGCCGGCGGAGGUCCGGGCCAUGGCCAACUGCAGCGCCUACAUGGCGGGGAACGUGGUGUCCUGGCUGGCCAGCAACGUGGAGGUGUUCGGCCGGGGCGCCUUCAAACGGCCGCUGGAGAUGUGCCAGGAGCGGCUGCCCAACGCGUAG